AUGGGUGGUCAAUCCCGAGAAGGCGGCAAAGUCAAACCCCUCAAGGCUCCCAAGAAGGAGAAGAAGGAAAUGGAUGACGACGAAAUUGCCUUUAAAGAGAAACAGAAAGCAGAUGCGAAAGCCAGAAAGGACCUGGCCGACAAGGCGAAGGGCAAAGGCCCCAUGAACACUGGCCAGCAGGGGAUUAAGAAGUCAGGCAAGAAAUAA